CUUUACCGUAUGCAUUUCUGCCUCAUUAUGCAAAUGAGGAGGGCUGCCUUCUUGCUCCAGCUCCUCUGCUAUUGGUCAACAAACAAGAAGGAGCAGGAUCCAUGUGCAGAUCGAUUGUGCAUGCCUGGGUCUUUGACUUCUGUUUUAACAACCAACGUAUUGUAAUGGAGGGAGCGGAAAGACGGUCUGUGUCGGACUUGUUAAGGGAAGCUGCAAAUAGAUUGGAUGAGUUGGAACGCGCAUCUGCCGGUUCAACUCCACAAGCACAAGGCCCCACCAUAACGCCAAGGAUCAACACAAUGUCAACAACACCUGGAAUGUCAAAUGUUGCAGGACGACAUCUUGUUGAUGUUGAGGUGUCAAGACUGUUUACAAGCAGAUCAAGUAGAAGGCAUCAAAGACGCAGCAAUGCAACUGUCAGCCUCGCCACAUAUACACACAUUUUUUGUUGCCUUGGGCGAAAAGAUUCAACAGUUGUUCCGAGGCGACCAGAGAAGGAAUGUCUCCAAAGGGCAGGACUAGGUGAGCGGCGCAUAUGUUUCCGAGGUGACUUUCACAGCUGUGAGGAAUUAACAGAUUGUCUUUAUCAAAACUUUCCAAAGUUGAGGACUGCAGGGGGCUAUGAGUUGCUCAAAAGCUCUGGUAACACAAGGAGCCGCCAGCUCUCUGUUAUACAGUGCCCAAAUGAAGGGUACAGUGUGCAAUAUCUGAAGGAACCAAGCACUAUGAUUCACCACUUUACAUCCGCCCUCUACAGUGCCAUCUCAGCUUGGAGCAGGAAGAAACUGAGGGACCUUCUAACACAUAUUUUGGACCACUGACGCCAUGUCUUCUUUGUGGAGAGGAAUUUCCGUUUUCACAGAUAAGCUGGUCCUUCAACUGCUCUAAGCACACAGCAGCCUAAUCCUCCAGAUAUUCAGAGGGACCUCGGACAUGGUAAGUAGCAUGUACAGGUUAGACUUAGGACUCGAGUCUAUUACUCAAUAAACACGUUAGUACUCAGUUUAAAUCCAUGGCCACUAGGGUGCCAUAUAAUG